AUGAAGCAACAGGAACUCUCAGUCACGCUGGUGGGAAUGCAGUACAGUGCCACCAAUCGGGAAGACAGUUUGGCAGAUUCUUACAAAUCAUACUCUUACCAUAUGGCUCAGCUACUGCACUCCUCGAAAUCAGCCUCUCCAGAACGCAGGAUACGAGCUUAUGCCCAAAGAACCUGCCGCCCAGAAGCCACAACUUCCAUCAAUCGGGGGGAAAAAAAAAAGUUGCAAGAAGAGCUCAGCAGCGGUGGGAAACUGAGGCAGUCUGCGCCGGUGAGGGCUGAGAGCAACCGAGACACUCAACAGGCCCCGUCCGCCCUGGGGCGGUGGCUGGGGCGUCUGUGGGGCUGGCUCCGACUCCAGGUCUGGGGGUGCACAGCCGGCCCGAAAAAGCGCGGGCACAGCGCCCGCAUCCGCACCCCUCCCCACCACCGCGAACAGUGGGCGGAGAGACGAGUAGAGGAAAAGAGGGACAAUGCUGGGCCGGGCUGGCGAUUCCGCACGCUCCACGGGUCCCCAGCACCCCUUCCGCCCCGGGCCGCCAGCUGCCGCGCCAAGUUUGCUGCUCCGCCCUCCCUUCUCGGCCCGGGCGGCGAAGCGGCGGCCGCCGAUCUCCCCCCACCUCGCCGCCACCGCCUUCCUCCCCGCGGGGCGGCUCCGGGGAGUCCGCGAGGAGGCGGCGCGCGCGCGAGCCGAAUGGGUCCAGCGAAGGGAGCCGGGCGCGCUGGGGAAAGCCGGGAGCUCGAGGGGAGGCGGGCGCGCGACGGGAAGGGAACGCGCAAGGAAGCGGCGCGCACGAAGGGAGCAGGGCGCGCCGGGGAGCGAGGCGCGCGGCGCUCCCCGAGGACCCGCUGCCUCUCCGGCGGAUUUUCGAAUGAGGAUUUUGUGAACAUCUUUCCAUGUCAGUCCAUGUGUUAAUUUAUCAAGAUUCUUUUUGGGACAAGAAUGAGAU